AUGCCAGACUCGCCCGCCAAGCCCGUCGUGAGCAGUCCGAGCCCGCCUCCCUCCGCUGCCUCUGCACUUCAUCCGCGGGUGGCCGUACUCCUAGGAGUCAGCCGACGAUGGCAUCUUCCCCUGCUCGUCGGCCGGGCGCUCUCGACGGCUCCGGCAGCGUGGUGGGGCCUGCGAUGCAUGUUCACGUUUUUGGAAGAAUUUCUACGCGACGAUAAUGGCGCUUUUUCCAGUUCGUGGGAAACAAACAGCUGGUUCCGUAUCACCGAAGUCUUCUUAGCUCUGCUUUGGUGUAUAGCGUCCGCAUAUCUCUCCUUCUUUUUCACUGAUUCUCUCAUGUCUCGAUGGUUACUAAACUAUACCCCUUCCGCAACGCUCGUUCGCCUUCUCACAAUCAGCGCCAGUAAUGCUUACAUUACAUCUUGGGUGCUCUACCUUUCGGGCGCUUCACAGGAUUCUCGCCUGCUUCUUCCAGCUUGGAUCUCCAUCGCCAGCACUCUUACCGUCCUUUAUCACGUCACGCAACACCGAAGCAACAUCAAACGAGAAACAUCUGCAUCUAUAGGGGUCUUCUCCAUUGCUAGCUUCAUCAGCAUGGUCGCCCUUCUCAUCUUGCUGCAUCUGGCCCGAGAGGAUAACCUCGCAAUUCCUCUUCUCCAGCUAGUCCGAAAGUUGUUAAAAUUCAUUGUCAAGACUCUUGCCAGACGUUUCAAUGUUGAGGUGACUUGGGCACGUCCACGCCAAAUGGUCUCAUGA